CUGCAAGCAUCCGGCAGACGCAUUUUGCGAUGUCUGUGGCCAAUUUAUCAAGACAAGAGCAAGAAAGUAUUCUGUGGAAGCAUCUGCUACAAUGUGUGAGGCCAACAAGGCAUAUUUCGGCAUGUCUUUCGGGGAUCAAGACAAACCCUGGGCACCUCAUUUUACCUGCGUAUCAAUGCAAAAAAACUCAGGAAGGAGGAGAAGCCACGUCGCCCUCUUAUAGUUAUCCUUGUGACGUGACCACGAACGCACGGGUGAUUUGAAAAUAAUUGCACGCAAAAAGGUGCGUCUCGUGACUUCUUAACAAGGCUUAAGUCUCUCGCUCAAAUCACAAUGGGAGAACGCAACGUGAAGACUACGGCGGCGUUUGAACUCAAGUUCUCUCCCAGGAGGACUGAGACAACCGCGGAGGACACAUUGGAUAGCUUUGACCGGGCUGUCACUCACUUCCACAAAUGGAUCAUUGAUACGGUAGCAGAUAUCGAUGCAGUCCUCCAGCAAACCGAUGAGGAGUUUUCACAAGCUGAGGCCAGCUUGGACAACUUAUUUAAACCCUUAACUAGAAGCAUGGCAACAGACAGCCUGGAAGAUUAUGUGAUUGACAGUUGUGAAUGCCCCAAGAAAAUUGCUAAAAGCCACUGGGAUGGUAGCACCGAACCUCGUCAUGAUAUUACUUCUGAAGACAAGCAGCAAUCCAAGCUUUUCAAGCGGCAAGAAAUGCAAGAUGUGGAGGAUAACUGCACUUACCAGAAGCCUCAGGAACAGCUGUACGUCCAUGGCCCUGACGAAGACGUGAAGGUGCUUGAUGCCAGCGGCUCUGAUGAGAGCCAUGAGCGCGCUGGCAAAGUGCUGCACCCCGUCAGGAAGCACCUGCUGAGCGCACGGCCAUGUCGAUACCUGCGCAGACCAAGUGGCAUUGGACAACACCGCAGCUGGUUUAGAAGGCUCAUUUUCUCAGGGUGCAUGGCUUCCUCAAAGCAACAGUAACAUCAAAAUAGUAUUACCUGGGACAGUUUGCAGACGUGUUUCAUUAAAUGAAUAUUACCAAGAGCCAUGGAUAUGCAGAAAUGCUCAUUUAAAUGUUGUGACCCUGAGGUCAUGAAAGGGGUUGGGGGGGGGGUUGGACUGAUUCAGAUGUCACGCACCACUGAUGUUAAGUAUGUCUAGAAACUAAACGCAGGUUGUCAGGUCCACAGCACAAUGCGUGAACCAAUGCACCAUCGCUCCACCCAAUUACAUUAAUUAUAAUAACCAAAUUAAUAUACCAGCUGGUUGGUGUUCUGGCAGAGCACUCGCAGUUUGGAAGUCAUGUAUUUACAUCCUGAUCUGAGGUUAACGAUCACACUUUCCCAUUUGCUUGCAUAAUCCAGCAGCUGCUGCGGGGAAUGGACAAACAUCAUACAAGGCAGAGAGAGAGAGCGGUGUCAUGUUUGUGAAGUCCAAGUGGACUUGUAGCUGGGCUAGUGGAUUUGCCACCGGCUGGCAAUGGCAGUUUAAGGACCGGCAUCUGUAGAAGAUGAUUAUGAAGGGUGCCACUGGGUUGAUAGUGGUGGCUGCCCUCCAAUAACAACAGGCGGUGGAGGAGUAAUGCGCCGAGUAAACAAAGACCCAGGCGGUGUUUAGGCAGCAAGUGGGGUUGUGGAGGUCUCAGUUGGUGUACAAAUUGGCCCACUUUGGCCUGAAAACCCAACCAUAGCACAUGGGUUUGUCCUUUGACCAUCUGUCAAUAAGCCUUUAAUGCGUGUGGUAGUAAAGAGCACCAAGUCAACAUAGAAUGCCACUGUGACGCCACCGUCAUUUAGUGGUGAAUGCUGUACGUAAUUGCAUUUGUUGCCUGGGGUGGUUCUUGUACACGUUGACCACAAUAAAUAUAAUGAAAAAUAUA